GUUUCCUGUUUCCAUUUUCCUGCGGCAAAAUAGUCAGCUUACGGUGUGUAAAAACUAUUUCUAUUUUACAGCAAACAAUUAUUUCUUAACUUUAAUACCAUCAAAAAUAAAAAGGUAAGUAGUUUCAUUUUAUUAUAAAUUUUGAUUUGCGAUCGCAUCAUACAAAAACCUCGUUUUGACUGAGCGUCUAACAUUUGUUUUUUAUUUUCCAAUCCUCUCUAUGCGUGACAUUUACAACAACCUAUUAAGACUGUGGAUAAAACGAAUAAUUAUUUAUGACUAACGAUAUCCAUUGCAAGUAUUGUAAUGUCUGUUGGAUUGUUUUUUUUUUUUUAAAAAGAUCCUUUUGCGAAACAGAAUAUAAUGUAGGGCAUUGGUUUACAAGAUUAUGUUUAGUUGAGUAAACCUAGUCCAUAUUAUUAUGAACAUUUCAUACGAAUUCCUUACAAAUUUAAAUAUUUUUAACUGCAAAGUGGAUUUACAUAUUUUUGGCAGGAAAUGAAUGAAAAUAGAAAUGGUGAAUCCUCUGAAAGAGAGACAGAGGAAAACGAACGUGAGCAGAUAUCCAGAGAAAAAAUUGCCUGUAGCAAACAAGCUAGAAGUGAUUCAUCAGACUCCAAGUCUGAACACGAACAUGCAAAGUCUCAUAGGGAAGGUCGAAGGAAUAGGGAUGAUUCAAAAAAGGAAAAAGAUCGUAGACGUCAUCAUCGCAGAAGACGAUCUCGAUCCCACUCUCGGCAUCGUCACAAGAGAUCAAGACAUCAUGGUUCACAUAAAUCGAAGUAUAGACAUCACCGAGAGUCGUCUUCUCGCCACUCAACUUCAAAACACCGACGCCGGAGGUCAAGAUCAAAGACAAGAUCUAGAUCUAGAUCGAGAACUCCAAGUCCUCCAAGAAUGAUUGAAAGAAGAGAGGAAUCUCCUAGAAUAAAACGAGAACCUCUACGGAUUAAAGCUAUGGAAGAAAGAAUGAAAAUGCUGAGAGAGCAGGCGGAACAAAUAACUGGCGUUGAAGUACCAAAGUAUUAUAAUCCAACGGCAGUGAAUCCUCUCAAAGUAGCUGAAAUUGAAAAAAAGAAGAAACUUCUAUGGGGUAAAAAAGAAAAGGUACCCGAAACAAAGAUAGCAGAGCCUGAAGCAAUUCAGGCUCAUGGAGAAUCAGUUUGGGCUUCCGCUCAAUUCUCUGAUAAUUCUUGUCAAGAGAAGUUUAGAAAAUUAAUGGGUAUGAAAGGAGAAAUGCAAACGCCCAAGAGCGAGACCUCUAAUAAACAAACGGAAUUAUUCAAUAAUUUGGAUAAGGAAUAUGCCUUGGCGAGAAUGAGUACUCAUACUCAUCGUGGAGUUGGUUUAGGAUUUGCAUCCUAUGCAUGCGACAGUUCUAAAAAAGAUGACUGAAUAAUUAAUUUAAAGAAAAACGAUUUUGUUUAUUUAAUACUAAAUUUAUACUUUAGUUUUUUUUCGCGUGUUCUCUUAAAAUUCACGCAGGAUUAUUCCAUUACACGACCUAUUCUAAAGAGAAAGCAGUGCGACAUCUUACACAUUUAAAUCAUUUAUUGUUCUUUUCGUUUACAUUUUAUACUGUUUUUCUUUCAUUAAAUUUAUCAAGUGUUAAUACUGUAACAUAAGUUGAACGUUUGUUAAAUAAACUGAGAAUUAUGGAAACAAUACAAAUGCAAGAAGAGAACUAUUACCCAAG